AUGUCAGGAGAACUCAUCUUCAUAACCGGCGCAACCGGCUUCGUUGGCUUCGCCGUCCUUACAAAAGCCCUCCAAGCCGGCUACAAAGUGCGCAUCUCAGUCCGGAAAGCAGAGCAGAUCGAAACCCUCAAAUCACAUGUCCUGAUCGCUCCUUACGUUGAGAAAGGCGUUGUGGACUUUGCUGUCGUGCCAGAUAUCACUGUAAAGGGAGCUUUUGAUUCAGCUCUGAAAGAUGUAGUUGGCGUACUGCAUAUCGCGAGUCCCUUACCGCAGGCGACCAACGACCCAGAAAAAGACAUCAUCCUCCCCGCCAUCAACGGCACAACCUCCCUCCUCAACUCCGCCCUCCUCCACCCCACCAUCCACCGCAUCGUCCUAACCUCCUCCGUCGUCGCCCUCAUGUCCAACCAAGCCCUCAUGUCCGGCGACCCCUCAACAACCUACACGCCCCAAACGCGCCGCUCCCCGCUCCCCACCGCCCCAUGGGGGGCCGACCCCGGAGAAGCCUACUUCAACUCCAAAGCGCUCUCCCUGCACGCGACAGAUACAUUCCUAGCUACUCAAUCCCCCAAUUUCACAAUCGUCAAUAUCAUGCCUGGUUUCGUAAUCGGUCGUUCGGAACUCAUCACCAAAUCUGAGGAUCUCCUCAAAAGCACGAAUGCCGUCCCAUUGUCUAUCAUCCUAGGCGUCAAAAGCGACAAGAAACCCGCCAUGAUAACGCACAUCGACGACGUGGCGCGGAUCCACGUCGCUGCUCUGGACACGGCCAAAGUUCCCGGCAACCGCAGCUUUCUCCUCCAGAGCGGCGAUGGGGGCAAGAUCGUGUUUGACGAUGCGUUGGAGGUGGCGAGGGAGAACUUUAGGGGGGCUGUGGAGGAGGGGAUUCUGCCGCUGGGUGGGACGACGGGGAAUGCGUAUCAGAUUGUGGAGUCGGGGGAGACGGAGGAGGUGUUUGGGGGGUUGAGGAGUUAUAGGGAGGCGGUGGAGAGUGUGGUGGGGCAGUUUGUGGAGUUGAAGAGGAGGGAGUUGGGAAUGGCUUGA